AUGCACUUGUUGUCCGCCGGGCUCCUGGGCUCUCUCCUCUUCGCGGGGCUUCUGAGUCAAGUGAGCAGUUCACAGCACACAGUCUUUGGUCUUUUUGGGGAGACACUGGAGAUUCCAUGCAACAUAGAGACCAAACACGCUGAAGACAUCAUCAUGACUAAAUGGAAAUAUGACAAAGGUGAAGGGGUUUUCGGAAACAUGCUGGUUAAAAAGGCAGGACAAAAUGUGUCUGUGAAUGCCGAAGACGAGUACAAGAGCAGAGUCAGCUUGGCCUCUAACUCGAGUCUGCUGCUGUCUGAGGCCAGAAUGAGAGACCAAAGAGCCUUCACCUGCAUGGUGGUGUCUGAGGAAGAUAUCAAAGAGGUUACUGUCAAUGUGGUCAUCUACAAGAUGCCCCUCGGUCUGGAGGUCUCUGAAAAGGCAGAGGAACUAGAGAUUGGCAAGAAAACUAAGCUUGGGAAAUGUUUCGCAAAAGAUGCCAAUCCAGCAGUGAAUAUCACAUGGCUCAAGAACAAUAAACCACUUGUGCAAAAUGAGCAAGGUGUUGACGUCCAAAAUUCAGUGAAUGUUGACCCAAUGACGGGUCUCUCAACCAGCACCUCGGUGCUCAUGUACACGGCACAGAAGGAGGAUACAGACGCCCAGUUCAGCUGCAGCACAGAGCACAGCAUGGGCCAGAAGUUCAGCUCCUCCUCUGAGCGCUUCGCCAUCACCUACUCGACAGAGAACGUCAUGCUCCAGGUCAUUGCUCCUGAGCCUCUCAUUGAGGGAAGCAAUGUGACUCUGAAGUGUGAAGCUGAUGGUAACCCCCCUCCUACCAGUUUUAACUUCUAUCUCAAGGGAAAUGAAGACCCGGUUAUAGUGCAGAAUGACAACACUUAUACCAUUACAAAUGUGUCACGUGACUCAUCCGGUGAAUACAAAUGUUCACUUGUUGACAACCCAACAAUGGAAGCCUCCAAGGACAUCACAGUCAACUACCUAGACAUCCAUUUGAGCCCCGUAGGGAGUGUGGAGAAGAAAGCAGGUGAAGCCCUGGCUGUAAAUCUGAAGAUUGAUGCUUCCGGCAAAUAUAAGGUCUCCUGGACAAAGAAUAAUGUUAAAGUAGACAAAGAGCCUAAGUUUACUAAGUUGAUGUACAGUGACGCUGGACUGUACGAAUAUGAGGUGACAAUGGGAGCACUAACCGAAAAAGCUUCGCUCGAGUUGGUUGUUCAAGGUGCACCUGUCAUCACACAGCUGCAUAAACAGCGCAGCGAGGAUGGACGAAACAAAGUGCUCAUCUGUGAGGCUGAGGGCUCCCCAAAACCAGCUGUUACCUGGAGCAUCAACGGCACCCAGUCUAAUGAGGGUUCUUUCAUCAAUGGAAAAGUCACUCACAAGAUUACCGUAGUGCCUAAAGCCAAUCUGAGUGUCUCCUGUACAGUGUAUAAUGACUAUGGCAUGGACACCAGGAUUAUCAAUGUAUCAUCCAUAUUUGAGGAAGUGAGAAUGGAUAAAAGAGAUCAAUCAGAAGAUGGUGACCAAACCAAACUGGUAGUUGGUGUGGUCGUGGGUCUUCUAGUGGCUGCACUUGUUAUUGGACUGGCUUACUGGAUUUACAUGAGAAAAUCCAAGCAGGGAAGCUGGAAAACUGGUGAAAAGGAAAAUGGUUCUUCUGAAGAAGAGAAGAAACUUGAGGAGAAAGUUGAGGAGAACAGUCAAAAAGCUGAAGUGUAG